GAGUCAAGGGGGUGGGAGGCGGGAAUUCGUCUGCGCGGGUGUUGUGGAAGUGACUGAUGAGAGCUGAAGGGCCGAAAAGGUAAAGCGGACGCAAGCCCGCGACCGGGCCUGGGGGUCGCAGCCAGUUAGGAAUCUGAAGUAAACAGUAAAACAUGAUGUCUUCAGUAUGUUCUGAGUAUACAAUUGGUGGGGUGAAGAUUAACUUUCCUUGUAAAGCUUAUCCAUCACAGCUUGCUAUGAUGAAUUCUAUUGUCAGAGGAUUAAAUAGUAAGCAGCAUUGUUUGUUGGAGAGCCCCACAGGGAGUGGGAAAAGCUUAGCCUUACUUUGCUCUGCUUUAGCAUGGCAGCAAUCUCUUAGUGGGAAGCCAGUGAACGAAGGCUUAAGUAAAAAAGCUGAAGUACCAUUGUCGUGUUGUUGUACAUGCCAUUCAAAGAAUUUUACAAACAAUGACGUGAACCAGGGAACUUCAUAUCAUUUCAACAGUCCAAGUAUACCAACUUCUGAAAGAAAUGGCACUUUGUCAACUUGUCAAGACUCUCCUGAAAAAACUACACUGGCUGCAAAGCUAUCUGCUAAGAAACAGGCAUCCAUGUACAGAGAUGAAAAUGAUGAUUUUCAAGUAGAGAAGAAAAGAAUUCGACCCUUAGAAACUACACAGCAGAUUAGAAAACGUCAUUGUUUUGAAAAGGAGGUGCACCAUUUGGAUGCAGAAGUUGCUUCAGGAAAGACCACAAAACUCAACUCCCCAUUAGGAAAGAUAAACUCCUUUUCUCCACAAAAUCCCCCUGGUAACUGUUCUAGGUGCUAUUGUUCUACUAAACAAGGAGACAGUCAAGAUUCUUCAAAUACCACUAAGAAGGAUCAUGGGGCGAAGUCCAAGAUACCCAAAAUAUAUUUUGGGACACGCACACACAAGCAGAUUGCUCAGAUUACUAGAGAGCUCCGGAGGACAGCAUACUCAGGGGUCCCAAUGACUAUUCUUUCCAGCAGGGAUCACACUUGUGUCCAUCCUGAAGUAGUAGGUAACUUCAACAGAAAUGAAAAGUGCAUGGAAUUGCUAGAUGGAAAAAAUGGAAAAUUCUGCUAUUUUUAUCAUGGUGUUCAUAAAAUUAGUGAUCAACACAUAUUACAGACUCUCCAAGGGAUGUGCAAGGCCUGGGAUAUAGAAGAAUUCGUCAGCUUGGGGAAAAAACUAAAGGCAUGUCCAUAUUACACAGCACGAGAACUAAUGCAGGAUGCUGACAUAAUAUUUUGUCCCUACAACUAUCUUCUAGAUGCACAAAUAAGGGAAAGUAUGGAUAUCAAUCUGAAAGAACAGGUUGUCAUUUUAGAUGAAGCUCAUAACAUUGAGGACUGUGCUCGGGAAUCAGCAAGUUACAGUAUAACGGAAGUUCAGCUUCGGUUUGCUCGGGAUGAACUAGAUAGUAUGGUUAACAAUAAUAUAAGGAAGAAAGACCAUGAACCCCUACGAGCUGUGUGCUAUAGCCUCAUUAAUUGGUUAGAAGCAAACUCUGAACAUCUUGUGGAAAGGGGUUAUGAAUCAUCCUGUAAAGUAUGGAGUGGAAGUGACAUGCUCUUAAAUUUACACAAAAUGGGCAUAACCACUGCUACUUUUCCUAUUUUGCAGGGACAUUUUUCUGCUAUCCUUCAAAAAGAAGAAAAAGUCUCAUCAGUUCAUGGUAAAGAGGAGGCAAGAGAAGUACCUAUUAUUAGUGCUUCAACUCAAAUAAUGCUCAAAGGACUUUUUAUGGUGCUUGACUAUCUUUUUAGGGAAAAUAGCAGAUUUGCAGAUGAUUAUAAAGUCGCUAUUCAACAAACUUACUCUUGGAUAAAUCAGACUGAUACUUCAGAUAAAAAUGGGUUCUUGGUUCUACCAAAAAAUAAGAAACGUUUACGACAGAAAGCAGCAGUUCAUGUGCUGAAUUUUUGGUGCUUAAAUCCAGCUGUGGCCUUUUCAGAUAUUAAUGGCAAGGUUUGGACGAUUGUUUUGACAUCUGGGACAUUAUCACCAAUGAAAUCCUUUUCAUCAGAACUUGGUGUUACAUUUAGUAUCCAACUGGAGGCUAAUCAUGUCAUUAAUAACUCACAGGUUUGGGUUGGCACCAUUGGGUCAGGCCCCAAGGGUCGCAAUCUCUGUGCUACCUUCCAGCACACGGAAACAUUUGAGUUCCAGGAUGAAGUGGGAGCACUUGUGUUAUCUGUGUGCCAGACUGUGAGCCAAGGAAUUUUGUGUUUCCUGCCAUCUUACAAGUUACUAGAAAAGUUAAAAGAACGUUGGCUCUCCACUGGUGUAUGGCAUAAUCUGGAGUUGGUGAAGACAGUCAUUGUAGAACCACAGAGAGGAGAAAAAACUGAUUUUGAUGAAUUACUGCAGAUGUACUAUGAUGCGAUCAAGUACAAAGGAGAAAAAGAUGGCGCCCUCCUGGUGGCAGUUUGUCGUGGUAAAGUGAGUGAGGGUCUGGAUUUCUCAGAUGACAACGCCCGUGCUGUCAUAACAAUAGGAAUUCCUUUUCCAAAUGUGAAAGAUCUACAGGUUGAACUAAAGCGACAAUAUAAUGACCAGCAUUCAAAAUUAAGAGGUCUUUUACCAGGUCGUCAGUGGUAUGAAAUUCAAGCAUACAGGGCCUUAAACCAGGCCCUAGGUAGGUGUAUUCGACACAAAAAUGAUUGGGGAGCUCUUAUUCUAGUGGAUGAUCGCUUCAGGAGUAACCCAAGUCGAUACAUAUCUGGACUUUCUAAGUGGGUUCGGCAGCUGAUUCAGCACCAUUCAACCUUUGAGAGUGCGCUGGAGUCCUUGGCUGAAUUUUCCAAAAGGCACCGAAAGGUCAUUGAUGUAUACAAAGAAGAGAGAAAAUCUGUACAGGACAAUGAGUCUCCGCUUACAGUGGCUUGUUUGAAGGAUAAUACCUCAACUUAUUUAUUAGAAGCAGCAAGCCAUCUAUCACCAGAAUAUCCUAGGGAAGAUGAUCCAUUAUUAUUGGAAGAGUCUGCCCAGGCAGUAGGAGCAGAAAAAAUUGUGAUUUCCAGAUCCACAAGCCCAACCUUCAACAAACAAACAAACAGAGUUAGCUGGUCUGGCAGUAAUUUUCUGGAACAGUAUCUUACUGGUAAAAUUCUGACUGGAACACCUAAGUUUAGGUCAUCAGAGGACUGUGCCUCUAAUUCUUCCACUUUCAAAACAGAAAAGGGACGUGAAGCAGUUUUGCCACUCACUGAUAAAUAUGAGUCCUCCUCUCUGACAGUAAACACAUCAGUUGGACCAUGCCCUCAAUCGGAAACCAUUGUUCCAUCAAUAAAGAUUAAUGCUACUCUCCUGAAUUCAGAAGAUCCAGACAUUCUGUUAUCUCUAGUAAGUGAAGAAGCUGAACUUUCUACUUCAAAUACAGAAGCAGAGGAUGAAUCUAUCUAUUUUACACCCGAACUUUAUGAUCCCAUAGAUACAAAUGAAGAAAAGAAUGAAGUAGUUGGAACUGAUAGAGACAACAGAUUGGCUAAUAAUUCAAAUUGCAUUUUAGCUGAAGAUCUUUUUGAAAUUAAAACUAUGAAAGGAAUGGAUUCAGUCAGAGAAAUGAAAGCUGAGGAUUGCACAGGCACAAAGUUGAAUAGACUCACACAUAUUAAAGAAAGUAAAGUUGAUGACAUUGGUAGUAAUGUAAAAAUGACUCAUAUAAAUGAAUUGGAACUGGGAAAAACUCAUGAAACGGAUAUAAAGAACUUUAAACAGUCUCCUCCCAAAAAUAAAGAUGUGUUCCCUGGUGUUAGGUAGUAAUACUUAACUGUCAAGGUAUAAAAACAUGUCGUCAUGCUUAUAUUAAACUCUAUUGUAAAUGAUAAUUUGUACAUUGGAUAAGUGACAUAGCUUUUUUUUUUAAUUUGAGAUAUAUAAUUCACUUUAAUCCAAAGUCUAUAUUAUGUUCAGAAAUAUAAGUUUUACUAUUCUCAAGUUUUGAUAAAUUGAUUCAUAAAAAAUAUUUUCCUCCAAGUCUUCCUUAGCUAAAUGCAAUAUUAAAUUAAUCAAUCUGGAAGAUAUGUAGUUUCCUAAGGCACUUUAAAUUUCACAUAAAUAUUUGUAUUUUGUAGUCCUCUUCAUCCAUUUUUUUUCAUACUGAUGUAUAAAAAUUAAUAGCAAUCUAAUCCAGUUACCCCUCAGUCAUGUUUCACUGUAGAUUUUACCUCAGAUCAGUCUGAGGUUUUUUUUUUUUAGAAAUCAGUUUUCUUGAAAAGUAUAUUCCUGUAUUAAACUGCCUACUUACAAGUAAUUAAGAAUUAAGGAAGAAAACUACAUGUAUUUUUAAUUGAAAUUGUUUUACAUUUUUGUUUGUUAAAUCAAAACCAAGCAUGUUUUAAACAAAUUUAUGUAAAAUUAUGCCAAAUGAAGGACUCCAAAUUUUCAAUUCUAAUUAUUUAGCUUCAUCACCAUUGCGGAAAAAAGUGACAUGUUCUAGCAUAAAGGCUUUAGUUAUGCAACUAAGAUAGAAAACUUCAAAUAUAAAUUUAAUAAGUAAAGCUAAACAUGUAACUGUAGCUGAAAAAUGUUACCUUAUAGCCCAGUAAGCUUUUCUGUAAAUUUUGACUCUUGGUUUUUGUGAAUGAAGCUGCACUUCUGAUCAAAAAUGGUUAUAAAAGUAGCUCUUCUCUGACAUCAUUCCAAAAAUACAUUCACCAGUCUUUUCCAAGAAACAUCUGUUACUCAAUAGACAUUUAGCCUUCUUGGAGUGAUUUGAAUCGAAAUUUUAUGAGCUGUUCAAGUUGUUGAUGCGGUUUAUUAUUUUCAAGUCAAAAUUCUCAGCAGUCAGGUAUCUUUUAUAUUCAUUUGGAACAAUGAUUUAUUAUAUAUGCAUAUGUUUACUUUCAUUUUGAUGACAUUUAUAUUGAAUACAGCUUAAUUGUUUCUAUAACAUUGGAUGUUACAACUCUAAGCAUAGUUCAAAGAAAUUUAAAUUGAUAAUUUACCAGUUAAAGAAUUUAUCUGCAGAUUGGGAUAUAUUCAGUCCCACCUAGUAUUAGAUCUUUUUCUUAGGUGAUCAGUAAAAAGUUUCAAGCACUGGAUUAGAAGGUAAUUUUUAAAUUGUUUUGAAAGGGUGAAAUCAUUUGUCAUCUUUGGAACAGUUCUUAAUCCACACAUCAAGGGUGGUGUGGUAGUAGAAAAAAUACCAGGUGGAAGACAAGAGACUUGGGCUCUAUUCUUGGCUCUGCCACUAAUUUGCUAAGUCAUGUUGGCAAUCACCAUGCCUUUUGGGGAAUUAGUUUCAUCUGUGAAAUGUGUACUUUAGUACUAUAAAA